AUGAAAACAAUUACAGAUGGCUCUUUGCCAAUUUCAUUCGAUUCUGGCAGUUUCGCUCUGACCACAGCCUCCACUGUGCAACGAGAUUCUUUCCCAUCAAGCAACAACAUUCCGGUCCAAACACUAUCACAGUCACCAUUGAAAGUUUUCCAAUCCAAUAAGGUGUCCAUACCAUCCUCUCAACAACAGCCAACAUGCAACCAAGAUGGCAGUAAGAUAAAAUCACCCUUGAGCUGUCACUCGUCUUCAGAGGAUGUCUCCUCUUCCACUCACGUAAAGCGUCACAAUCAUGUGGAUCAAAAAUUGACACGUGGCAACAACAAUGUACAACGUUACAUCCUCCUCCAAAUAUGCCCCGUUCCUGACCUUAAGGAUUUAUAUGGCACCGAUUUCAUUGCCAACUCUCUGGUUACCAUCAAAUUUUCUCAAAAAGAUCUCAACUUUAUUUUCGAGCAAUUCACUUCUCGUAUCACUCUUCAAACUCGAGAAUUUAGCAAACAAGUAUUUGAUGAAUGCUUUGACGGAGCUUCAGCGAUGAAAAUUUUCAUGGACAUUAUUUCUCAAUACUAUUCACAGGUCGUGAGUCCGAAUGCAACCUUAGAAAAAUUAGCACUCCAUGUCGGGCAAUACUUGCUGACCAUUGGAAAGCUGGAACACAUCUUGCGAGAACAUUGUUUUAAGAAUGUAAAUACUCUCUUCUACCGUCUUGCCAAUGAACCUGUUCACACAAAGAACAGCAGACAUGCAUCCAUACCUAUCGAAAAAUCCUCAUUAUUUUCAUCCCCAUUUGUUUCCUCCUUUGCAACGAUCACAUUUCCCAAAACUCCCAACUGGUUUUUAUUCAUCCCCCAAAAUGACACGUUUAUUGUUCAACAUUCGAGUAACAGUGUGGAAUUGUUUCAAUGUCACAUGGGUGAAAAGAAUUCCCAUGAGAAUAUCAAUAACUCUUUUCAAUAUUCCCCUGUCUUCCGAAAUGUCCACCUUUCAACUUUAAAACAUGUUCUCCUUAAUGAAUUGCUUCCUCAACAGGACGGUGUUGAAAUGUUGUCUCGAAACGAUGACAUGUAUAUCUAUACCUUUUUACAGAGAACUAAAUUUCAAGAAUAUCCUGAUUAUAUUACCAUUCAACUUCUCUCAGUGCAUUCCAUGCAUCAACUGACUCCUCAAUCCACGUUUGCUGCUUUUAGUAUAAGUAAAUAUGGGUAUAGUGAUUGGGGUGCUAAUAAGGAACGACUGAUUGACUGGUCCAACAAGUUAGAGAGAAUGUGUUUGACGAUCAUUAAGUGA